AUGGCGGAAGGAGUAGAAGCUGUUGAAGUAUGUGUCGAUACAUGCUGUGCCGCAUCGUUGUGAGUUGAUACAACGAGUGAAACGAACGUUCAAGUGACGCCGUACCGAGAGUUCGUCUCGGAGACGCCGAUCAUUUUGUGAAAUUCGUCGAAUACUUGUCACCACAUAAUGAUGUAUUAUCGCAGACGAGGCAACAAUUUCACGUACGUCAGUUCGUGCGUGAAGUACAUGAUCUUCAUGCUGAAUUUCGUUUUUUGGCUGUUUGGUGGACUAUUAAUUGGCGUAGGUCUCUAUGCAUUUGUGGAUAAAUGGCAGGCAACUGGAUCCGUCAGGGUAGAAAACGUUUAUGAUGUGGUCUUAAACAUUUCUCUGGUGAUGCUGAUAGCCGGCGGAGUAGUCUUUGUCGUUAGUUUUGCAGGAUGUGUAGGGGCCCUUCGUGAAAAUACAUGCCUUCUUAAAUUUUACUCGCUAUGUCUUUUGGUGUUCUUCCUCUUGGAGAUGGGUGUGGCGAUCGUUGGUUUUGUAUUUCCACACACAUUGCAGUCUCUAUUAGAAGAAUCUUUUACGGACAAAAUAAUUCAGACGUAUAGAGAAGAUCCAGAUCUGCAAAAUUUCAUUGAUUUUGGUCAACAAGAGUUCAGAUGCUGUGGUUUGAGUCAAGAGGGAUACUUGGAUUGGGGGAAGAAUGAAUAUUUUAAUUGCACCAGCCCUAGUGUAGAACGUUGCGGUGUACCAUUCUCUUGUUGCAUAAAUUCUACUGAUAUAUCCAGUGGACUUGUAAAUAUAAUGUGUGGCUACAAGGUCCAGAUGUUACCAGUGUCGGAAGCGGGUAAAAAGGUGUGGACUAACGGAUGUAUCGAAAUCGUACGUACCUGGGCAGAACGUAAUCUCUACGCGAUAGCUGGCAUUGCUCUAGCCAUUGCGCUCAGCCAGCUCUUCGUGAUCUAUCUUGCAAAAACUCUGGAAGGCCAGAUCGAGCUCCAGAAGUCCCGCUGGCAUUCUUGAGCUUGACUUCAGGCCACCUACCGUUACCAGAUACAUUCUGCGGCCAACAGGCAGGUGGCCAGCAGCGGGCGAUCGCGCGGUUUGCAGGACAC